UUGUUCUCAAUUUCAUACAUCAAUUGUUUCGUUUCCCAGAAAAAAAUUGCAUUUUAAGGGGGGAAAUUAUUGUUUCGAAACUGCAGUAAUUGGUUUCAGAAGGGUAUUUUUUUUAGUGAGAUGUUGUCAGAUUUACAGUUUCCUUUUUAUUAUCAGAAUUGUUGUGGAAAAAUGAUAUGUCCUUUAUUGAAUCUACCUGUUUUUAAUAAAAAAAAAUGAAAUAAGUAGUACUAGCUUUUUGAAUGAUUUCCAUCAAGUUAUAAUGAUAUGAUAGUACUAUUAAGAGAUCCUGAUCUGUGUCGUCGAGAUCGACCUGUAGUGGCUAAUAAGCUGUGGGGGCUCCGGGCUUUGGCCGAGUCUUCUGCUUAGGGAACUACUUGUUUCAGUGUUUUAUCUGGUUUGGUGAUUUUUGUUUUUGGAUUCCUAACUAUCUUUUUUUCUCUUGUUUUCUAUGUGUUUCUGGAGUGCUAGUUGUGAAUCUUUUGAUCUUUGAGAUGCUGUGGAUGGGUUUUUUGAAUGUUCUUUUGCCAGAUUGAUUUCUUCAUGGAUGAAGCUCAUUUUCAAAAUUUUCUGAUAAAAUAAUAGAUUGUGGUAACUAGAGAGCUCGAGUUGGGGAUUGGUAUGGCUUGGAUAUGUGGAAUUCGGUGCAAGGAAACUAGCCAAGCAAAUAUCAGUCUGACCUGUCUGCUAUUUCGCAGAGAUACUUGUUGUUUGUGCUUUGUGUUAGGUUUGAACGUAAAAUCAUCGUAAUUUCAAAUCGGUCUUUGGCAGUAAGAUUGGGCUGACAAGUGGACAAAGAUGAUACCAUAGGAUUCUUUUUGGAGUAUGCUUUGGUAUUCCUUCUUAUGCAUGGCUCACAGAUCUAUGUCUUGAUUACGCCAUGCAUUUGCUUCCUUCCUAUUCUAGUUGUAAAUCUAUUAUGCGGUGGCAGCACUGAUGACUAGUAGAGGGAUGCAUGACAAUCUUCUUACGAUGGACACAUCCCUUCUUUUGCUUAUGGCUAUAAUCAAUUAUUGUUUGUUAUAUUAUAGAGAAGUAGAACAAACGAAUUAAAGGCUGCAAGCUCACAUGCUGCCCUGUGAUCUUUUUUUUGUCUCCUUGUCAUAUUGAUCUGUUAUGACUUAUGAGCACUGCUUCCGUUGUACCCGUUUCUUUAGUUGUGAAGACAGAGGCAACCGAUGUCCAAUCUUAUGAACUGAUAAUGCAUUUGGUAAGGUGGCAGUUCUAGUGGUCCUGAAAUUUGAAAAAAAGUUAAAUGACAUCAUACAUAAUGCAGUUUCGGAGGAAGAAGGUAGUGGACUCUGUUUUUUAUAGGAAUGAGAACUCCCCACUAACUAAUAAGUUGUUCCUUUCGAUCUGAUAAAGUGAUUUGUUAGUAAGCUCAGGAAGUCUUACAUAUUUGCUUCAGUUGAGCAGUCCGAUCUUGCUGCACCUUUGGCAGUUUAGGUACUUUCUUCGUGCAAUAUAAAGCUCAGUUGUUUGGUCAAAUUUUCGCUUCUGCUUGAUGCCAUUGAUCUUGCAAGAUAUACUUAUGUCUUAUCAGCCAAUCCAAACUGUGUGGGUAUGACUAUGCACCACCAACAGGUUCUACAUCAUUGCAGUUCCUGUAAGUACUUAAGUCCUGCUGAGCUCCCAAGUCUGAAGCAUUGGAGAUCAUUUACAAAUGCUGCUCAGAUAGGCUGUUUCUGUCUUCAUGAUGAGAUACUGUAUUCACCAGUUGAUCUGCGGUCUUCCUAGUAUGACUACCAGUAUUUAAGGUUUAAUGGACGCUGAGUUGGUUAUAACUUCCUACUUUGGAACUGAAUUGAUUGGUUGGAACGGUUUUAUUGGUUUUUAAAGGUUCUGCUUUUCUCAGUGUAGUUUUAGAUGAACAGUUCUAUCUGCAUAGGAAUGAUUUUCUGCUCAAAAUACUGGUGUGUUGGUUAAGUCAGCCAAGAGGCAGCAGAAUUACGUAGUAUGGUAUAUGUCUUCAGUAUAGUUGAUGUUAUUUGUUUCAGUUGUUGCUCAGUGUUGUUUCUGCAUAAGAUUGAUUGUAUUUUUGCAUCGGGUGAGGUGAUUAAUCAUAGAGGAUAGCUGCAUGCUUAAGAAUUGAAGCACGAUCUCCAUUAGGAAUGCUGUCAAUGCUAUGCCUUGGUCUUGCAUGUUGUCUGUCAGAAUUUUGGAAGUUGUUUGGUGGCAGAGGAAUUGUGUUUUGAAGAGCUUACCUAUGUGAUACUCAUCAUAAAAUUGGAGAUCAUGAUGGAAAGAGAUACAGGUCGUCCCCGAGGAUUUGGGUUUAUCACAUUUGCAGACCGUAGAGGAAUGGAGGAUGCAAUCAAGGAAAUGCAUGGACGGGAAAUUGGUGAUCGCAUCAUCUCGGUCAAUAAGGCACAGCCCAAGAUGGGUGGUGAUGAUGCAGACCAAGGCUACAGAGGUGGUGGCUACUCAUCAGGUGGUAGGGGAAGCUAUGGAGCUGGAGAUAGGGUUGGACAGGAUGACUGUUUCAAAUGUGGGCGUCCAGGGCAUUGGGCCCGAGAUUGUCCUUUGGCAGGAGGUGGUGGUGGCCGCGGCCGUGGUGGCGGUUCACUUUCUUCACGUCCUAGGUUUGGAGGUUCUGGUGGACAUGGGGAUCGCCUUGGAGGUGAACGUGAUCGAUACAUUGAUGACCGUUAUGACGGAGGACGUUAUGGAGAUAGAGAUCGUGUUGACAGCCGUGACUACAAAUAUGGUAGCCGUGAUCGCUAUGCUAGUGACAGGUAUCCUACUAGUGGAGAUCGAUUUGCUAGUGAUCGGUAUGGUGGUGGCUCAGAUCAUUACUCACAAAAUGGUUAUGGCAAGGAGAGAGGCUAUGACCGGUAUGGCGGUGCACGAGGAGGUGCUGAUAGGUAUGGAAGUGGAGUGGCAGCUCGAGAUGAAGGAAGGGGCUACAGGGGUAGGCCUGGUCCAUAUGAUCGCCCGAGCAGGGGUGGCCGUCCAUCAUCAUUUGACCGCUACUGAUUGCCUAUGUUGCCUGUUGAUGUUUUUAUGGGAAAUCCACUGCAGUAGCCACAUUAGGGACCUAGUUCUUGUUAAAUGACUAAAAUGAGGACACCCUAGUUUCAAACAACUGCUACAUCGUAGUUUCAUAGAUUGUGGAUUUGAUAGUUUGUUUGUUUAUUCAUUCUUAUCAUGCGGAUCACUGCUGAGUUUAUUUUCCCUUGUUUGUUUGACGUUAAGACCAACUUCUCUUACAAAUGCAAACUAGCAUGGUUUAUGGC